UGCUGUCAGGACGCCGUACAGGAAGGGCCAUGUACCGCAUCAACAUGGGUAUCACAGCGUUGCUGGUGCUGACAUGCCUGGGCUCAGGGUACGCCUGGGGCGGCUUGUUCAACCGCUUCAGCUCGGACAUGCUGGCGAACUUGGGGUACGCAAGGUCCCCCUACCGCCACUACCCCUAUGGGCAGGUGGAGCCUGAGGAGAUCUACGCGGAGGCCCUAGAGGGAAACCGCAUAGAAGACGCUGAAGAUACACACUGCUACAGUUCCCCGUGCAUCACCAAUGGUGAUUGCUGCCGUGGACUGAUGUGCUUGGAGACAGAUGAGGGCGGGAGGUGCUUGCCGGCUUUCGCUGGUCGAAAACUUGGCGAGAUAUGCAAUCGAGAAAACCAAUGCGAUGCUGGACUUGUAUGUGAGGAAGUGCUACCAGGUGAGAUGCACGUUUGCCGCCCCCCCACCGCCGGUCACAAGCAAUACAACGAAGACUGCACCACCUCCAACGAAUGCGACAUCACCCGAGGCCUCUGCUGCAUCAUGCAACGCCGUCACCGACAGAAGCCGAGGAAGAGCUGCGGCUACUUCAAAGAGGCCCUGGUGUGCAUAGGCCCCGUGGCCACUGACCAGAUACGCGAAGCUGUCCAGCAUACCGCUGGAGAAAAGAACAUCGGCGUCUUCAGAAUGCACUAAAUCCUUUCACAGUUUUUCGAGUAAAAUGAACAAUUAAUAUUCCAAUUAAUCUUCACAAAUUGUUCAUUCUACACAAACGGAUUGUUCAUUUAUGAACAGGAAUGUUCGUUCGCAUUGUUCCUUUCCUGUCGUUUAAAUAAUUGACGAACAUUUUUAUUCAUAAAUUCGACAUGACAACUAUGAUGGUACAGUUAAUCGACACGUUAAAUUUGACAUUUGAUGAUAUGGCUGUAUCAUUUUCACUGUCUCGUUGAUAUAUUCUCCAUUGAUUUUACACUUUAAAUGGGAUAUUUUUGAACGUAUUUCAAAACAGAUUGAUAAUUUCGUAUGUUUCUUCACAAGACAGCACACAAUUAAUGGAUAAUAUAUCAAAUGAAGGUCUACUUAAUGAAUCGUCGCUUUGAAUAACGGUCAACUGAAAGUCUUUAUUAUUUAUUGACAUUAAAUUACAAAUAUAUAGUAGAAAAAAGAGGUUUUAUUUUCAAUUAUCGUCAAAUUGCUGUAGACAUAGCUAUAUUUAGAUGUAACAUUUUAAUUAUUCGAUAUCUUAUGAAUGUUGUUAAAUAAUAGAUUAUAUAUUAAUGUAUGUGUUUAAUCCUUAAUAAAUUUAAAAAUAGAUCGUGAUAAGUCUUCAAAUUUAAUAUAUCCUGGCUGAGGCAUUUAUUAGAUUUAAAUAUUGAUGUUGAUUCAAGUAAAUAACAUAUCAUAUAGAUUAAUCGAUUUCUAGAAUAAGUCGGUGUAAAGAUUUUAUCUUUGCUUCUUUUAUUCAUAGUUAAAAGAUCAUAAAUAGGUUAGGAAUUUCAUAUUGACGUUUUGACUAUGUGUGCAAUUUGAGCAUGUGUGGGUUAUCGAAUGAAUACAGUAUUCGCUUGCGCAUAGUUGGACGUCAAUGGUGAAAUAAAAAAUAUAACUGUCUGCUAGGUGCCUAGGUAAACGAUACAUAUCAUUGUAAUAUUUUAACGUAGAAAUAUAUAAAAAUUUAAAUACAUAUCAGAGGCUACCAAUAUGAAUAUCCAUGUUCGCGAUCUUGACGAAAAUGCGCGGGAAAUCGUGAAAUUUUCUUCGUUACAAAAAAAAAAUGGAAAUUUCCCGCGAAUCUUCCAGACGGAUCGCGGCGGCUUCCUCUCUUACAGAUUAAAUAUAUUUGCCUAAAAACUGUGAUGGUGUAUUUUCUGACAUUGUAAUAUUAUAUUUUUCUGCCAAAAUUUAACUGUUAAAGGUAUGAAAUAUCUUCUAAUGCGUUUAUAACUCGUUAUUUCAUGGAUGGGCCUAAGCUUUGGACAUAGAAAUAUGGCCGCCGUUAAACUUGACAUAGAUUUAAGUCCUCAUAUUACUUAUAUUGAAUAAUAUGUGUUAUAUUAAAUAAAUUAUGUCAGCA